CGGAUACGGUACGUGAUGCCGUCCGCCCACCUGACACUGCGCGAGGAGGACGUGGUGCGGCUGUGUUUGGAGUUCCUGCACAACCGGGACUUGCACAUCUCUCAGCUGAGCGUAGAGCGGGAGACGGGAGUCAUCAAUGGGGCCUACUCGGACGAUGUGUUGUUUCUGCGACAACUCGUGCUGGACGGACAGUGGGACGAUGUGCUGGAGUUUAUCCAGCCACUGGAAGCCAUCCCCGCCUUCGACAUGAAGAGGUUCCGCUUUAUAGUGCUGCGGCACAAGUACGUGGAGCUUCUCUGUAUCAAGACGGAGGCCAGCUGCAGUGGAAACAGUGUAGACAGUGCGGUGGAGGAGGUGGUCAAAGUCCUGAAUGAGCUGGAGAGGGUUUCCCCCAGCAAGGAAGACUACUCGAAUCUGUGUCUCCUCCUGACUCUCCCGCGGCUCACCGAUCAUCUCCACUACAAAGACUGGAACCCUAGCAAUGCCCGUGUCAAGUGUUUCCGUGACGUGUUUCCUCUAGUCGAAAAGUUCCUUCCUGGCGACAAGAAAUCGGACCGAGGAUCCGCGCUGUCGGCCACGGCGAAGAACGACCGUCUAGUCCAAUUGAUUAUCAAAGGCAUCUUGUACGAAUCUUGUGUAUCAUAUUGCCAAGCGAAAGCGACCGGUUCAAAGGAGUCUCAAUCUCACGAAAUGAACUUUUCCAGAUUGCUGGAUGGCUCUGUAGGGUUCAGUGAUUCGGAUUUGAGUUUACUUUCCUGGCUUCAGAGCAUACCUCAUGACACCUUUUCUGUACCUUUUGAGCAACGUACCCUAAAUGUGGACGUAGAACGAUUAGAACGGCCCUCGCUUGAGACCUCUUGGACCGAGCACAUGCUCGUGACACCCAUCAAACCAAAGACGUUUCCACACUCUGCGAUGCCCUUUACGAGGCCUAGGUCAGCUGCAGACAUCAUGUCACGGUCGCUACUCCCCGCUUUAGAAGGAAGUCCCUCAGUCAACCGAAUGAACAAGGCGGCUUUAAUGGCACUUUCAACUGGAGACAUCCUGACUGACUCACCCAUGUCCAGGUCUUCCUUUGCCAGUUUCCAUCUCACCGGACACAAAAACAAUAAGCUGAUGAACACUUCGGUGGACCGCCUGUUCGACAAUGAUGGAGAUGUAUUCCUGAGCAGUAGUUAUACGGAGUUCCAACUGCCCUCUAUCUCAGAACAGCACAGCACCCCCAUGCAAGCCAGCGGGACGAUGCGGUCUCGUAGGGACCGCUCAGGAUCUCCCGCUGACAAGCGUUUGGCUGGCGGAGCCCCUUCAAAUGCUUCCACACCCGAGCAUCGAUCCUCCGCUUCUACCUCCACCACGGCUCGGUCCUCUCGAAGAGACUCUCUUAGUGACAAACCGAUCUCCGCUUGCACAACUCUAAUCGCGGGUGACAGUUUUGACGGCGAUCUUCUCAAGGAGUACAAGAAGCACAAACAGAGGUUUCAUGACAACACUAUGAGCAAAGAGGACAUGAAACAAGUCGAUAACAGGCUGCAGGAAGAAAGUAUGCGGACGCCCCAGAACGGCAGCAGCGUGCCUGUGAGGUCUGCCUCCAACAGUCGCCCCGUAGCCAACGGUGACACACACUACGACACAGUCAAGGGAGUGCCCACGUCAGUUGACCAACAGAACGGCAGUAACAGACCACGGUUUGUGGCAGUCACAUCACUAGAGGAUGUGCAGGCCGUGCGCUGCGCAGAGUUUCAUCCCAAUGGCAACCUGUACGCGGUUGGCUCCAAUUCUAAGACUCUACGCAUCUGUGCUUAUCCUAAACUCUCUGAUCUCAGAGAGGACCACACCACAUACCAGCCGACAGUUCUAUUCAAGCGGACCAGGCACCACAAAGGGUCCAUCUACUGCAUGGCAUGGACACCUAUCGGGGAUCUUAUGGCCACAGGAAGCAAUGACAAGACUGUCAAACUUAUGAAGUUCAACCCUGAAACCUCCAACCUUGAAGGUCAAGAGAUUGAGCUGACUAUGCAUGACGGAACAGUACGUGAUGUUUGUUUUCUGGAGGAUACAAGCAACAAGUCAAGUUUGCUGAUCAGUGGAGGUGCUGGAGACUGCAAGAUCUACAGCACAGACUGUGCCACUGGCCAGCCAUACCAAGCUCUCAGCGGACACUCAGGACACGUACUAACACUGUACAACUGGGGUGGAGCAAUGUUUGUGAGUGGCUCCCAGGACAGGACUGUGCGCUUCUGGGACCUGCGGACCAGAGGCUGUGUCAACGUUAUCACACCUGCCACAUCUCCCUCCUCACGGCAAGGAUCGCCAGUGGCUGCGGUGUGUGUAGAGCCUAGCGGACGUCUACUGGUGUCUGGACAUGAGGAUGCAUCUUGCGUCCUGUACGACAUCAGGGGCGGUCGCACACUGCAGUGUUUUAAGCCUCACACCUCUGAUGUGAGAUCCAUCCGCUUCUCUCCCAGCGCUUACUACCUGCUCACUGCUGGCUAUGACAACAGGAUAGUCCUCACCGACUUACAAGGUGACCUGACAACAGCACUACCCAGCGUGGUAGUCGCACAACAUCAAGACAAGGUUAUCUCGGGACGUUGGCACCCCUCCGAGUUCUCCUUCCUCAGUACAAGUGCUGACAAGACAGCCACUCUGUGGGCUCUACCACCUGUCUAACCAUCUUUGUAACAUUUUAUUUUACUUUUAAUAUUGUUAACAACUUACCAACCAUUGUUAGAUAACUGUACAUUUGUGUUUGUUAUACUUCUAAAGUCCUCUUGUAUUCUGUUCUGUUUGUAGCUAUUUAUUACUUAUUUACACAAAUCGUUUUGUAUUUGAUAAAACCUGUUAAUACUGUUAUUUUUUUUUAUUAGGCUCUGUGAACAAUGCAGACUUUGAUUUAUUUGUUUUACACAAAUCUAUCCAGUCAAUGUAAUAGCUUUGACAUUGUUACUUUGUCGCCUGUACAGCAUUGCCAACCAUACAAAAUACGCUUUGUGAUAAACCGAUCGUGUAGUAGUGGUAAGCUUCUUCUUGUAUGGUAGAGUUUGUUUAGCUGUACAGUUGGAUAUUGAUUAUUGAAAUGAUAUUAUUUUGUUAAACAAUAUUGUAUAAGGGUAAAAGUACCCAAAAGUAAAUGUAAAUCUUUCUUUGCUCGCUGUAAAUUGCAUGCUUUUGUACAUUAUUGCUACUCUGCGAUCAUUUAAUAUAUUUAUAUGAGAGACAGAACUAAACCAAAGUGUUUUUACAUAAGUCUGAGGCUCUGUGAGGGAACCAUAAAUUGGUCUAUUUUUAUAGAUUUAACUCCGACUCUUUGUAUUUUCUACACUGUGUAAAUAAUGUUUUUUAUAUUUCUUUACUUUAUAGACAUCAGAAUAGAAGUGGGAAAUAAAAAAAAAUCUGUUAUUGUUUAAUAUCAGUUAUUUUUAUUGUUUUGAAAUGUCAUGAUUAAUA